CCUCUUUCUAUCUUGACUUCUUCCUUUCUUCGUCACCCGUACGUCCAACCCCACAGAGCCACAGCCCAGACCACGGCCCUUCUGUUGGCCCCCGUGCAGCAGUCAACACCAUCCGGGCCAAGUGUCUUGAUCAACAGAGCCCGCCUAUCUCCCCAACCAUUGCAACUCGUCACAACCUUCCUCCUUCGCCAGACACGAUGUCCAAUCUUUUCCCCUCUCACAACACGCCAGUGGUCCGGUUGCAGACCGAGACCGACCACGAAGGCUACGUGGUGGUCACGAGGGCCCCUGCGCAGGGGACGAUGCUCCCAUAUGCGCACUACAACGGUGCAGCGGGACAAGCGACAAACCACACCGGAGGUGGUGCUACCCUGGCCUUCGAGUAUUCGGGGCACUACCCUGCCAACAUCGACAUCAAUCAAGAUGCCACUGAAGAGGGAACCGUCGAUAUGAGCGGCCAGCAGCAGCCCGCCUUUCCUGCGUGGGCCGUCCAUGCUAUUAACCACUCGAUGGGUGGUCUGCAAGACCCUGAGCGCCGCACCGAACAAGAAUUGGCAUCCCGCCCCCUGACGGCGGCUACCCUUGCCGGAGUCGAGCAGUUCGGCGACAUGCGCCGGGGCUGGAUGCCUCCCACCCUCACUGGGCAUCGCUUCGGUGGUCGUGAGGAGCAGCCGGCGAUUGAAUUCGUCGAGCAUCAUGGCGCGUUGACCCAUGACAGCCAUCGUCGUACCCGGCGCUCGCGGGGCGCUGCCUCGCACGGCAGCUGGGUCCACGUCGACCAGGUGUCGCAUCCUUCCCGUGGGAGCCGCUAUCGCUCUGCAUAGAAGGAGCAAGCAGGACACCAUGGCCAUUGGCCUGCACUGCUGCACGCAAGCGCUUGUGCGUCCCUGGCAUAGCCU